UUGAAUGAAAAAGAAAAGGCUAGAGAGAGAAAGCGACAAUAAUCAAGAUCAAGAACAUCAUGCGGCGAAAUCGACCAUCGCCGGCGAAAGACACAAUCGGACCAUCUAAAACAGCCCCAAAAGAAGAACCCAGAUACAGGGGCGUUCGAAAACGGCCAUGGGGUCGUUACGCUGCUGAAAUCAGAGACCCAUGGAAGAAGGCCCGAGUGUGGCUAGGCACAUUCGAUUCUGCCAUCGCCGCCGCUCGUGCCUAUGAUGCUGCCGCCAUAUCUUUCCGCGGCUCCAAGGCCAAGACUAACUUCCCCCCUCCAAUCGCCCCGGAUAAUAACGAUCUGGAUCAGGAUGAUGAUGAUGAUGAUAAUCAGUAUGAGGAUCAAGAAACUGGAUAUUUGAAUUCGCAGCCGGCGACGAGCAGUCUCAGCAGCACCGUGGAAUCGUCUAGUAAGCUCUCCCGGAGACCGUCGAAUCCGAUUCCUGUGCGAAUCGGGCGGGGGGUAAAGACGUCCCAGCCGCCGGGGGUUCCCGAUGAUUGCCACAGCGAUUGCGAUUCUUCGUCUUCUGUGAUUGACGAAUGUAAAAUGCGAUCGUCGGUACUAGAUCUGAACCAGCCGCCGCCGAUGGAUGAUAAUAACAAUGCUAGUGGGUCUUGUCUUUAAUUCUCAGCUUUGUUGACUGUUCUUAUUAUCCUUUUUGUUUUUGCUAUAUAAUUAUGAGAAAAGAAAGAAAGUAAAGCUGUAAUUAGGGUUAUCCUUGUUAGCAUUUUGAUCGGAGUUAUGCGGCGGUCGGUCGGUCUGAGCUUUGCUUUGCUUAAACUGUGUUUGGGUUCUUAUGAAGUUGUUGAAUAACGUUGUAAAGCACUUAUUAGAGUCUGAAAUCUGAAUCCAUCCAAUAAUACUACUGUUGCUGAUUUCAUUUCAUGUUUCU